UUAAAACCACGUCACCUUUCUUCCUUCUUCUUCUUCAUCAUCUCUUAAUUCCCAAAUUUCAUAAAAUUCAAUCUUUCAAAAUUAGGGUUUUAAUUUCACUCAUUUAGAUCAUAAUACGACACCGUUUUAAGAGAAAUCAGAAAUGGCAAAUCAAGGAGCAAAAAAGCGUAAAGAAGAAAACAUUCGUCAUAUGAAGAAACUAUUCCACGUCAUCAUUGCCUGCAAUGUAAUUUAUUUACUGGUGAGAGCUGGGAUUUUCUAUUCAAGUUUCACAUGGAAGCAUAUCGUAGGAUUAUUGUUGACUUCUUUGGCUUAUGCUUUACCGUACAAACAAUUAGAUUCAAUGGCAAAGCCAAGUUAUGGCAAUGAUGGGGAGAUGUUUGAUGGUGGAUUUGAUAUGAGUACUGGUGGUAUUUGUGGAUAUUUACAUGAUAUAAUCUACAUUACAUGUUUCGUGCAAUUGGCUUCUAUCAUCUCCGACAAGUUCUGGUACACAUAUCUAGUGAUACCUGCAUUUGCAGCGUACAAGCUCUCGGGAUUUAUCAAAGGAUUUUUACCUCAAGGUUCAGAGGAUGCUGAAGAGGACGAGAAGACCAGAAAGAAGAGAGAAAAACUGGAGAAGAAAGCUUCAAGAACCAAAUUCAUCAAAACAAGAGCCCGUUAAUUCAGCAUUCUACUGUAAUGAUGUAGGUGUCUCUGAGACCUAUGCAUUGGGUGAUGACUAACGGUUGCCCUCGAUGUCAGAAAAAUGUGGUUAGCACACGAGUUAUCUCGAGACUGGAGAUCGAUGUACUAUGAUGUUGUUGGAAAUUAUUGCGUUGGGUACACUUUGUAGGAUUGCCAGAUACACAAAUGCAUUUUUGUCUGUUUAAUAUAUCUGUGUAUGUCUUUGGUCAGCUGACUAAAUCUCCAGAUUCCCUUUUUCAAGAACCUGUACCAUUGGACAUAAUCUAAGUGAUAUGCAGUUAUAAUGUGCCA